AUGGUCGGGGACAGAGCAGGGAGCGGCGACGAAGCGGGGGGGGAGCAGCGGCGGCGUGCAGCGCUGCGGUGUGUGGUGGCAGAGGUCGGCUGCCAGCUGCUCUGCUGGGCAUCUCCCAAGUGCACUCGGGGCAGCUACAGCGAGCGGGCAGCUGACACGAGAGCACAGGUAGCGGGGCUGCUGCACCGCGGCCAGCCAUGCCCUGGCCGCCCCCAGCAGGCCCAGGGUUGUGGCAAGGGCGCAGCUGCAUGUCAAGACUAUCGGGACAGCGCGCCUGAGCCCCUGGCCAAUGUGUUUGAGCUGUACCAGCCGGUGGUGCAGGAGGGGCGGUGGACGGAGGGGCUGAUCGAGAUGUGGUUCUUCAAGCACAAGCCCGUGAAGCACAGCGUGCACAUCCCCUGCUGGGACAGCUUCAAGUGGAACCCGCUCAAGUGGCGGGGGCCCUGCUUCGGGCGGACUCUGGAGGAAUGCUACUGGACUGGGCUGCGCCAGACGCGCUGGGCCCGCGCCGUGUACGCCGCAAACCUGGGGCGCGAGUAUGUGAUGCCGGUGCGCAACAUCGGGCGGCACGGCUACAAGAGCGACAUCAAGGCGCUGUGCUGGAUGUACUGGAUCAUGUCCUGCAUCUUCAGCUGCGGCAUCGGCCAGGCCGCCACCUGCUGCGGCAUGAACAUGAUCAUCAACUUUGGGGCGUGGUACAGCUGCCAUGCCCGGGAGCGGCUGCGCAGGCGCUACAAUCUGCCGCCCACCUUCUGCCUGCCGCCGGGCAUCGAUGACUGCCUGGAGCUGCGAGAGCUUGCGGUGCGAGGCGUGGACGGCCCCGGCAUGCACAUCCUGGAUGUGCUGCCCAACUCUUUCAAGACCGCCGAAGCAAAGCGCGCGCUUGGCGGUCUUGGCGGUCCACCGAUAUAUCCGUGCCCUGCAGGCAUCGAGGAGGCCAAGGCGGGGCGCAGGAAGGUGCUGGAGCGCAUGCUGAAGCGCCCACCCAAGAUGUUCCGAGCCAGGCCGGCACCAGAGGGCGCCCUGCACCUCAAGGCCGCGGAGAUGGCGGCGGCGCUGGCGGAAAGGAGCCCGCUGGAGGAGGAGGAGGAGGAGGAUGGCGGCAGCCUGGUGCCUCCCCAGCCCGCUCACAUGAGCCAGGCCAGCGAGGCCGCCAGCGAGGCGUCCAGCGAGGCGACCGAGGAGGAGCUGGGCGGCGGCUGGCUGCACUACUUUCCACCCGCGCACCAGGAGAUGUGCCGAGGCGGCGGCGUGACGGUGGCACCGCUGGUGGAUGCCGCCGCCGGCGGUGCUCCCGCAUCCUUGGAGAACAGCUGGUGGCGGCUGGGCGGCGGCAGCGCUACCGUGCCUCAGCUGCCGCAGCAGUUUGACAGGCGGGUGCAGGUGCUGCGGGAGGGGCCUGGCGGCGGCAGCGAGCAGGGAGCGGAGGAUGUUGAGGGCGAGGGGGCAGGCCCGGAGCUGCGCAGGCGGAACCGGUACCCCGGGGCUGUACCUUCCGGGCGAGCUGCUCCCGCUGCUGCCAGCCUGGCGGGGUGCCAGCGGGGCGCGGUCCCAAGGCAUCGCCACAGUGCCGGUGCUGUCCAGGCUGCUGCCGGCGCCCGGGUCCGCGGCACGCUGUGCCCGCUGGUCUCCCGGCUGGUCUCCCGCCACCUCAGCGCCGCCCGCCGCGCGCCCCACGCCGUCGAUCACCCGCCGUACCGCCGUCCAGGGGCGGUACGGCGGCAGCUGGCCGCUGGCGCCGCCAUCAGCGCGAGUGGAGACAGCGGAGUGGAAGUGCUGCGGGCGGGCAAGUGGGGUGGCACCUGUGCGAGCAUGGCCGGCAAGAAGAAGAAGAAGGGCACGGCGCACCAGCUGCUGGAGGACUGGUCGGGCAAGGUGGAGGCGCGGGAGGCGGUGUUUCGCGAGCAGGUAAAGUCCACCGCCCGGCGGCAGCUCUCGCGCAAGCAGCGCCGCGCCGCGGCGGCGGCGGGAGGCUGGGGCGACAGCAGCCCCGAGCGCGAGCUGGCCGGUGGCAGGAAGCUGCUGCUCGACGGCGGCGACAGCGGCACAGAGCAGACAGACGCAGACGCCGCCAGCGCCGCCGCGAGCCUGCCGGGCGCCCCUCUGGCCCUGCCCGCCACCGGCGCCAGCACGCCGCUGAGCGCGUCUGGCGGCAACACGCCGCGCGGCCCGCCCGCCGUCCGCACCCCGGGCAGCGCGCACAGCGGCAAGGCGCCGCCGUCUCGCAUGGCGCUGCCCUCCCCUGAAGCCUUUGCCGCCUCGCUGGCGAAGAGCAGCAGCGGCAGCGGCGCAAAGGGCUGGGGCCUGCCGCUGCGCUUCCCCAGCCAAGACAACUCCCCCCAGCUGUCGGCCCGCCGCGCCUCGCCGCCGCGAUCGGCCCGCCUGCCGCCAGGCUGGGGCGAUGAUAAGGAGGAGGAGGAGCACGAGGGGCAGCACGAGCAGCAGCAGCAGCACCACCACCACACAGCGGGCGCCCAAGCCAGCAGCGACCACUCCCUGAGCUUUGCCGCCGGCUCGCCCUCUCCGCCACAGCGCCAGCAACAGCAGCAGCGCCGCCCAUCUGCCCUGGGCUUUGCCGUGCUGGCCGAUGAGGCAGCAGGCGAGAAUGAAGCAGCCGUGUCUGAUUCAGGUAGCACCGGCCAGCAGCGCUCGCCGCAACGGCCCCACUCAGCGGCAGCGGGCGCGGCGGCGGCCGGCGGGUCAGGCUAUGCGUCUGAAGGUGAGGAGGAGGGUGCAGAGGAGGCACCCGUUGGCACGGGCGCCGCCGCUGGCGGCCUCUUCUUCAGCUUUGGCGCUGCAGCGCUGGCAGGGCAAGCGGCCCCCUCGGCCUGGCAGCCGCAGCUGCAGCAGCAGCCUGCGCUGUUCAGCUUCGCGGCGGCGCCCGUGCCAGCGGCAGCAGUGGCAGCGGCACCCCCACCACAGCAGCAGCACCAGCAGCAGCGGUCCCGGUUUGCUUUUGCCGCCAGCUUGUCCCCAGGUGCCUCCGCCGCGGCCGGGCCUGCCUCCAGCCCGCCCGGCCGCCAGCCGCUGCCGGACGGGGAGGCGGCGGUAGCCGGCCUGCAGCUGCCAGCUGGCGCUGACCUGGCGGCUGCCUCCAGCGAGGAAGACGACCGCUACUUCUCAGCCAUGCCCAGCAGAGCCGCCUCCGCAGCACUCACCGCCUACGCCUCGGCUCGCAGCCUCAGCCGCAGCGGCGAAGACAGCCCCACACGCAGCAGCGGCGCCACGCCCCUGCGGCCUCGGCACAGCCCCGCCGCGCCGGCAGCUCGUGCCGGCAGCGCCAUGGGAUCUGCCGCCGUGCUGGCCCAGCUGCAGCAGACCGCGCAGCUGCUGAGCGCCGCAGCGGCAGAGGCGGGGGGCGAGGAGGAGGGAGAUGACGCCGCCUCAGUGGCUGCGCUGGAAAGCGGAACAGCAGCGGAAGGGGCCGCAUCCGUGCCAGCCUCCCGCAGCGCCGGCAUGUCUCCGGUUCGGCCGCUGCCUGGGCCCUCGCCUUUUGCCGGCGAGGUCUUCAUGGGAGCUGGCGCACCGCUCCCUUCGGGGCAGCCACUCACCUUGCAGCCGCUGCCAGAGCUGGCGCUGGUUCGGCUGGCCCCAUCGGCGGCCUCAUCUGACGCUGGCUCCAGGGCGGCGCAGCGGCACCUGACGACCGCCUUUGAGAUGCUGCCAUCAAGCUCCUGCCUCUCAGGCAAGGCCCCCACGCAAUGCCUGCUUGUGGUCGCCGAUGCCGCUGAUGGCGCCACCAGCGCUGCCGCCCACUCUAUUGCUGCUGAAGAGGACAGCGCUGAGCUGGCUCCAGAGGGCAGCAUCGACAUGGGCGGCGAAGAGCCAGCGGGCUCGGCUGGCGAUCUGGCGGCAGAGGAUGGGGGAGGUCUGCAGCCGCUGACUGGAGCAGCGGCGCUCCAGCACCUGCGCGGCUCAGUCGCCAGCAGCGCUGCCAGCAGCCAGGAGGCAGGGGAUGAGGGGCAGUACGCGGCGCUGCCAACAACGUCACCGUGGUCCCUGCCAGCACCAGUAGAGGCAGAUAAAAUGGAAGCCGGCGGCUUUGCAGCUGCCGGCGCUGACCUGAGAGCCUCCCUGGCCAGCACCGCCGCCAGCAGCGAGGCUGGAGAGGAGGGCGCUGAAGUGGCCGCUGCAUUUGCUGGCGGGGUAGCACCGGCGUUGGCACUUACAGGGUUGGAGGAAGAGGAGGCAGCAGUUGAGGUGGAGCCUUCCCGGGCAGGCUCGGUUGACGCAGACGGUGAACCUCAGCUGGACCAGCAGACAGAUGGCACGGCAGACGCCAUCACGGCAGCAGCACCAGCGAUGGUGUUUGGUGCUGCCGCAGCUGCGGCGGCGGCGAGCGCGGGUUGGGCAGGUACCGGCCUGGCAGCCACCGAGCUGGUGGGUACGGAGGAAGAGGAGAUGGUGGGGGUGGCUGAUGCGUUGGUGGUGGCGGAGCAAGCGCUGCCAGAGGCAUCCCCUGGUGGGACAGACACUCACCACACAGGGGCGGCUGGGGCCAGCCCCUCGUCUGAGUCAGUUGUGCUGCACGGCAGCAUGAGCGGCAUGGAGCCGUGGCAAGAUGCGGCUGCAGCUUCACCGGCUGUGCAGCGGGAGGGGCUGCUGUCUGGAGAGCCAUCAGAGGGUGGCAGCUCAAAUGAGCCAGCUGGGCUUGAGGCGGGCGAGGGCGCUGGCGAGGACCGCUCCCUGCUGCGCCAGCAGGAGUGGCGGCAGCGCAGCGACUCCCCGCUGUGGGAGCAGCCAGGGGAGGCGGGCGAGGAGGAUGUGCACGGCGGCGCAGAUGGCGUGAGAGGCGCAACGGCAGCAGCAGCCGCAGCACGCAACUGCAACGCUUACUCGCCAGGGCCGCUGCAGGGCGCACUAAUGGAGAAGGAGGAAGAGCAGCUGCAGCAGCAGCCAGUGUCUCCUUCAGGGCAGACCAAGCCCAGCCCGGCCGCUGAUGCGGCGCUCGGCGCCGGCGGCACUGCAACGGCUGCAGCUGCUGCUGGCGCCGCUGGCAUGGCACGCCUGGGUUCAAGCGGUGGCAACGGAACGCCUGGCAACGCCCUGUUGGCGGCACUGCAGGGCCAGCUCCCGCGCCGCAGCGCCAGCGGGGGCGCUUUCCUGACGGCUCGCAGCCAGCUGUCUGGCCUGGCAGGGGAGAAGGAGGAGGAGGAGGAGGUUGCUUCACCCACCACCGAGCCCUUCAGGUACUCUCUUGCCCGAGACCCCGAUGCUCGCCCAGCUGGCACGCAGCAGGUCCCCGGCGGCAGCCUGGCCGGCCUGUUUGCAGGCGCGCCCGGCGGCGAUGCUGGGCUGGAGGCGCCCCAGCUGCUGCCCGCCACCCUCCCCGGCUCUGCCGCACCCCCAGCCUUCGGCGGCAGCGAGGGCGAGCAGGAGGAGGGCAAGCAGGGCGGCGGCUGGCAGCCAUACAGCCAGUGGCAGCAGCAGAAGCAGCGGCUGCUGCAGGGGCAGCAUGAGCGCAGCAACAGCAGCAUCCCUGCCUCGUGGGGCCAGCAGCCUCUGGGAGAGCAGGAAACAGAGGAUGAGCUUGUGCUUCAGCAGCAGCAGCAGCAGGAGGAGCUGCCCCUGUCCCUGGCGGCAGAGGCUAGCCCCUUGAGCCUUCAGAGCGCCGCCGGUGGCAGGCGGCGGGCAGGCGCAGCGCUGCGCUCGGGCGCCGUCGCAGCGGCGGCUGCCGCAGGAGUGGCGGCGGCAGGCGGCGCAUCUGGCGCGCUGGCCUCACCGCUGCUGCCUGGCACGGAAGUGACGCCAGCAGGCCUGGCCACGCCUAUGAGGGGCGCGGCCUCCCCGCAAGCAGCCGCCACCGCUCUGUCGCCUGGAGCCGCUGCUGCGGCAGCCGCCGCCUUUGCCGUGGCUGCGGCUGCAGUGAAAGAGUCUCCCAUGCCGCCUGCAGUACUGCCAUCGCCCAUCCCGUACAGUCCGGAGAGCCUGCGGUACCGCCAGCAGGCCGGGCUGCCCCCGCUCCGGGCGUCGCCAGCUGCCGCUGAGGCUGACGCAGCGCCGGGCAGCCCCGGCAGCCAGCGGUACCGCCAGCAGGCGGAGCAGCAGGCCCUGGCGGUAUCCCAGAUGCAGCUGCAGCGCCUGCUUAGCGAGAGCCAGCAGCAGCUGCAGGAGGCGGCUGCUGGCCUGGCGGAUGGCCCUCAGCAGCAGCUGCUGCAGCAGCAGUUCCUCACCCCCACCUCCCGCUAUCUCCCUCACCCCGCGGGGCAGGCAGAGCAGGCGGCGGAGGGCAGCUAUGCCAGCACCGUCAUCGGCAGCGCCGCAGGCGGCCGCUUCCCGCAGCCGCACCAGCAGGCGCAGGGCAUGGAGGCCGCCGCGGCUGCGGCUGCGGCUGCCGCCGUCAGCGCACGCCUGGCUGAGGUUGGGCAGAUGACCCCCACCUCAGCCAUCCAAGCCCUGCGGCGCAGCCUGGCGCUGAUCGCGCCGCCCGGCGCUCAUGCCGCCGCCUGGGCCGCGCAGCAGCAGCAGGUGCAGGGCAUCUUGGGGCGCUUGGAGUCAAAGUUCAGGUGUAUGCGCUGCAGCAGCAGGUGGAGGGCCUGCAGGCGGCGGCGGACGAUGCCGACACGCUGA